AUGGCUAAAAAUAAACGCCAUCCCGCCCCUGGGGGUGUCCUACCAACCGUGGGGCCAGCGAGCUUGCCAACGAAGGCCUUGGACCCAAGCCGGGUUUAUGGUAGCGAGAAGCCGCCCAACCUGCGCGAAGCCUUCAAUGACUUCUAUCCUAACGGUCUACCCAAUGUCUACAGGAUGCUUGAGACUCCCGGUGUCAACGGUAUCCAGCAGACGUAUAUUGAAGACUAUCUUCCUGUGGGAUUCUACACUAACCCUCGCAUUGACGCUGAAGCCACCUUCUCUACACAAUGUGGAAAACAGCCUUUCCGUCGUAUAGACCAGCUAAUGCCUCAACGUCGCAUCCACCUCUGGAACAAAGAUGAAAUCCAGUCCGUUUGCAACUCGCUGCGCAGACUCUACUGGGAUUACAUGAAGCCCAUGCAGAAACCAUCUUGCUGGGAUGACUUGUGGAUCUAUUUCGAUGCCAGCGAUAUCUACAACUACGGAGCCCUGAAUCUCUGGAAUGUGGUCAACCAUCUCUAUGAUGAGAACCAGAUCAUCGCUGCCGAUGUGACAAAAGCGAAUGCAGUUGAAGUCGGCCUCUGGGUUGAUUCAUGGAUGUUUGACGAUUCUAACUGCAAGAAGCUCGAAGACUGGGAUGGAACGAAGUCUGUCAUCUCACUUCUCACUGAUGACGAUUGGAAGUCGGCCGGUCAUAUUCAAACUGACGUUGUGGCACUCGUUGAGAGCGCUCUUACACACCGUCACUCCCUGCGACUUGACCCAGGAAGGCUCAGGCUGGGUUCGGAUGUGAAGCCAAAUCAUCUGAUGAAAUCUUGUGCCAACAAUAACCUCGAAAACUGGCUCGCUGGUCAGCGCAUCUUUGAGCCCUCCGGCCUUCCGAAAGCUCCUACGGUCGCCCCUCACCAGACCUCACCAGCUUCCAAGGAGGCUCCGGCGCCCGUUUGUGUGAUAGAUGGAAGACACUACUACCAGCCACCAUCUGAAAAGCGCGUACCCAGUGCAGUGGAAGCACUGCACCAGUCCGCUGCCGCUGCUGGGCCUGUCGCUCACAGUAACAGCGACGCAGUGUUGACGGAACAGACCGAGGUGACUAAUUCCGAGACUCUGGAAACUCUUCGGGUACCACCUCAAAUCCGGUCCAAAUCUACUGAGCCCACUAAUACUGUGUCAUCCUCACCACCCGGCGAUGAAAAGAACGGCCAGGCCGCUUCUAGCUCAUCAACAAAGCGGAAGAAGAAAUUGUCUAAGAAACAACGUGAUUCAGGAGAGCCUAAUGUACAAACCCCGACAAAAGCCGGGCGACAAGGUCGUGGCAACCAUCGGGCAACUCCAGGAGCUUGCAAGCCCACAGUGACAGCAUCACUGCCAACAUCAACCGUAAUGGAAUUUUCAACCCUGACGACUCCCGAAAAGCAGACCAGCAGCGGUACACAACAAACUGGACCCGGCCCUUCUCUCGAUGAUCCGAAGGCUGUUUAG